UGCUCCCCCCGGGGUGGGUACGUCUGACGCUCUGUGUGUGUCUGUCCGUGCCCAGCGAGGGGGGCUCGACGGACGUCCUGCUCUCGGUGCCCGACACCCUCACGCAGUGGAAAGCCGGGAUGUUCUGCACGGCGGAGGGGGGCUUUGGGCUCUCCCCCACGGCCACCCUCACAGUCGUCAAGCCCUUCUUUGUGGAGCUGGCCUUGCCGUACUCCGUGGUCCGGGGAGAGGCCUUCACCCUAAAGGCCACCGUCUCCAACUCCCUGCAGCAGUGCAUCAAGGUGCGGGUGACGCUGGCGGAGUCGGCGCAGUUCCGGGUGCAGGCGGGUGAGGACGGCGCCUACACCAGCUGCCUCUGUGCAGACGAAGGGAAAACUUUCCAGUGGGAGGUGACGGCGAGCAGCCUGGGUAAGGG